AUGCGUAUCCAAGUGAUGCGGCAUAUAAUCAGCCUUGUUGUAAGGUGUGCUCAGAUCCUGUUGAGCAGGGGACCGAGCCUCCCGGAUCCACCAAAGAACGUUCAGGUAGAGGCGGGACCCCAAGACGGCGUUCUCCUCAUUUCCUGGAGGCCAGUUCCUCAAGCAACCCAUGUCCUACCCAACUUUGAAAAUGAACCCCUUAUACAUGGUUACUCUGUGUGCAUCAAUGACCAACCCCUUAUGGUUGUCCCUGGAGUAGAUCGUGACCAUGUACUUCUUCCUCUGCGACAACUGGCCAACCUUCUAAAGAGUCCAGAAUUUACCCUCGCCAACCAAAAGUCUUUGAGACACCGCCGUCACCAACAAUUUCCCACCGCCACUCCGUCCAACCGCUCUAGGAGAACUGACGCUAAUGAAGAACUCUCUAGCUCAGAGUCCUCACAUUCCACAGGAGAUAGUCUCUCAGAUCUCCGAAAUGAAGAAGAUGAAGUUCUGGAUGAACAUGGGAAAGUGUAUACCGGUCCAGAUGAACUUUGGCUCACGGUCCACUCCACACUGUCUGCAAAUAUGGCUCCGUCCGUUGUGAAUCGAAAUGAAAUCGCCUCCGUGGGUAAAAAGGGGGCAUCUGGACCUGCCUCCCCACCAAUUAAGCUAAUUCCGAACCUCCUUCUAAUCGCUGCUGGAUCUCUAGAAGCAGCUGUGGAACUGUUCGGAAAGAGACUUUCAAAGAGACUUGGGCUGGUUACAGCGGCCUUUCCAAAUGAAAGGACUGCACGUACACUGGACGAUCAGGAGUUAUAG